CAAUCAACAAGCGAAGGAAAGAGAGAGAGAGAUUGGCACAAACCACACACGAACAAACAGCAACCAUGUUGUUGAGGGUGGUGGUGGCAGUGAUGAUGUGCCUGGUGGUGGCAGUGAUUGCAGGCGAGGAUGCAAGUAGGGAGGCUAGCGACGCAUGCAUACGCCGGCCACGCUUGGCAGACCUCUCCCACCCAAUGGUGAUGCUGCACAGCUUUCCAGGUGCUGGCAACACUUGGAUGCGCACGCUCAUCGAGCAGCUCACUGGAGGCUGCACUGGCUCGGUCUACGACGACAACGAUCUUCGAACGGCUGGACUUGCUUGCGAGGGCUUCAGGGACGGCAGUGUGAGCGCAAUCAAGUCGCACAGCAACAUGAUGAUGCCCAAGCAUGCCGUUGGUGGAGCCAUCAUCCUGUUUCGUGAGCCUGGUGCGGCGAUUGUUGCCGAGUACUCGCGACGCCACAGCACGGCCCACGAUGGCCUCCCCGAUGCCAGUGUCUUUUCAUCGCCACACUUUGGCAGCUUCCUCAACCUGAUGAGCCUGCGGUACGCUGACGGCUACAACCGCCAGUGUCUGGACUUCUCCCACACAAAGGGGAACGGCACACAGCAGCGGGUGCACUGCUCGCAGUUUGCGCUGCUGUGGGUGGACUACGCCGACUUGAAGGCCUCGCCGCACACGGAGCUUGCGCGCAUUGGCGAGUUUCUGACAGAGGUGCGCCCACUGCACAGGGACGCACAAGGCCCUUUUGCCAUCAACGUGACAUGCGCGCUGCACACGCCAGCACGCAGAGGAAUCAAGAGGAAGAAGCCCGAAGGGUACCCGACAGCGAACGAAAUCAUCGCCAAGUACACCAACACGCGCGCCUUUGAACGCGCACGUGAGACCUACGAGCAGCUGAGGGCCUUGGCACGAAAGCAGCAGCAAGCAGGGCACUGGAACGUGUACAACUCCACGGUGAAGCACAGCGGUGCGCAAGUGCCGCGCGCCGACAUGAAUACGGGGUCUUCAUCGCCAUCGCACCUGUUGUCACCAUCUUUGACAUUUCAGAGGACACAGUUGCCACCCGAAAGGGAGGCGGUACAGCUGAGCACAAUCGCUGAUGUCCGCACAAUCAUCUCGACCCUGACCCCGUCGGCACAGCCGUGGAUUGACGCGUGGUCAAAUGAUGCGCACGCAGCCGUUAUCAUCGUGAUGGACACCCACCUUUCCGCUGCGCACGCGCGCGAGCAUGGCCACCACCGCCACACCAGCACGGAACACACGGCGGGGUUGAACGCAAAGCAGGAAGCAGCUGCGCUCCAGGGCAUGUUCCACGCUGUGCAUGAGCUGCAUCGUGUUGCCGUGCCGGUGCACAUUGUGUUUGACAGCGCCCACCUCGCUUACCAAGCAGAGACGGUUCCAGGCACCAUUACCAAAACCAUGAAGGUAUUGGAGAAUCUGGACGUGGUUCGGCUGCACCCGUGCCACGUCAGCCCUGAGGAGGGUGGCGACGGCGGUGUGAUGGCGUGCGCGGGUGCCCUGCACACGCGACUGCAUGCGGCUGGAGUCCUGUCCUGCGCAGCGCUUCGAGCGUCUGUUCAAGAUACGGCAGCCGGCGCGCAGCUGGCGCCUUGGUCGUGCCAAUCCGUCGCUUCCAAGUACACGUCAUCUGCGGGCACAGCAUGCUCGUACAUGGCGGGCACGUCGUCCGUCGGCCGCAUCGUCACUCCAUGACAAACCGGCUGCAUAGCACAGACGCACGCGCGCGCAUGGUCGCCAUAGCUCGCUUGUCUCUUGCGUUGUUGAUACUGCAAGCUAGGUUGUUUCUUGCUGAUUUGUCGUGUUAACAUGCCAAGCGUUGCCUCUGCAUGCACGUUGCUGGCAGUUCCUCUUCCUCUUCCUGGCGAUGGUCGUCGUUGUCGUUACAUUGUUGUUACAUCUCCUUGUUGGCCUUGCUUUGUUGACUGUCGCGUCGUGUGCGACGUGUUGUGGCGCUGCCGCUGUUGCUGUUAGGCUGUUAGCCAAUGGCCAGGUUACCUUUCGUGAGCACGUGUGCAUGUGAGCGCACCCACCAAGACACAGUUCAUCUUGCA